AUGUAUUCUGUGUUUCACGUUCCCCGACUCCACCCAAUCCCUCGUAUACAUACCGAAAGUCUGGUCGUUUACACGGCCUUUCGCAAAAGCUUCUUAACGCUAUCUGAUGUCGACCGCGUUCGCUAUGGCAAGAAGAAAACUCGAGACACUCUCUUGAAUUCAUUCACUCCUCAAUACAUUGAGCAAAAUCUACAUGGCAUUUCAUUCGAACGCAUGUGCGAUUUAGUCCAGCACCUAUGGACCGCGAAACACUUCCUUGCUGGAUCCGAGUUGAACAAGCUAUUCAAGGGCGCUUCCUAUGAGCGACAGCAAGAUCCUGCUUUUCGAAGACUUAUCAAUAUCCCAAUAUUAGGAGAAGCGUUGGAAACUAACAUCUGGCUAUCGAACCAUCAGUCACAUCAUAAGCCGCGUAUCACCCCAUCUUUCAAGAUUAGAAAAUUGCUUUCAACACGUCCAAGUCCUUUGCCACGCGUGGAUCCUGGUGAAGUCAAUUUCAAUGGCGAUAAUAUGACCAAAUAUCCACCAGUAUCUGGUCCUUCCAAACCUUUUCUGGGUGCGUACGAAUACGAUUAUGAGUGCAGCACAACUCUUCCCUUUCCCCUCCAACAUUCUGUCCUCACGGUACUCCAAGAUCUCAUCGAAGAAUCUCUGUUUAGCUUCGCAUCUCAAUACUUUCCCGCCUACCUAGCUUUGAACUUCAAAAUUUGCCCCAAGUCUAUUGAGCUUAGCAGCUGGAGAAUGCAUCUACACAUCAACGCUUCUGAUAUUCGAUUCAAUCUUGCCUCUGGUUUUGUUCUUGAAGACUUGCAUUUCUUUUUGGGUCGCUUGGAUACAGUGAGAGACUUAGCUGUGCAUCGGAAAGAUGGGGUUCCUAUUGAAGCGAUCAAUAGCAUGUGCGCAGAUAGCAUUUGCUUGGCAAGAGCUUUAGGAGACCCACGAGCAGUUUUGCUAGGCUUGAUACAGGAAAAAGUUCUCAUGCUUUCAGAAACACUGCUAAAGAUACAACCACUACCUCAACAUUCUUCCUUCCUUGGACUUGAAACCGAUCCGACCAUGAAAUCGAACAUCCAAUUCUUCAUGAAGGCCAUAUCUGCUUCACGUAUUCUCAUAUCCUCCCCUGAAGCAUGGAUAUUAUACUCGGAGAGAUACGAAGAAGUUGUAAAAAUGCUACGUCGCUUAGUAUAUUAUAAUGAACAGGAACGUAGGACCCCGUCGCCUGCCCGUUUCCACUAUUGA